CAGAAAUUUGCGGGUAAGCUUAAAAGUCUGAAAUUCGUUGUUCACUUAGUCAGAUUAUCAUUAGACUUCGCAGCAGUAAGUUGUUAAAGCGUCGGAUAGUUCUGUACGUGUACCUAGUGCUAUUUCUAGUGAUUUUGAGAGUUAUCGAAGACAAAAUGUUAAGUUCGGGUGGUUCGUUAUCUUCCACGCCAGACAAUACCAUGUUUCAGAGGAUGGAUACUUCCACACAACAACAAGGCAAGGGUAGGAUCUUGGACAUCCCUUGUCGCGUUUGCGGUGAUUUUUCCUCGGGAAAACACUACAACAUCUUCGCCUGCGACGGUUGCGCUGGUUUUUUCAAACGUUCCAUCAGAAGAGAUCGGAAAUACACUUGCAAGGCGAAGGAAGUGGGUAGUUGCAUCAUCGAUAAGGUGCAUCGUAACCAGUGCAGGGCUUGUCGUUUGAAGAAGUGCGAGGAGGCGGGGAUGAAUAAAGACGCAGUCCAACACGAGCGAGGUCCUAGAAAUUCAACCCUUAAAAAGCAGCAAAUGAACUUCAUAACUGAGGCCAAUGCCAGGUUGAUGAUGACGCCGCCUCAGACAAACUUUGGUAACCCACCAGCGCUCCCACCCACGCCACCCAUGAUUCCCCAUCAGAUACCAGCUCAGCCAGCUCUGGAAGAGCCCACAGUGUCGAUAAUUUGCGAAUCGGCUGCUAGGCUCUUGUUCAUGAACGUUCAAUGGGCGAGGAACGUACCGUCUUUCGUGGCUCUGCCUCUGCAGGAUCAACUCCAGCUCUUGGAGCAUUCCUGGAGGGAUCUGUUCAUCCUAAGCAUCGCUCAGUUUCUGCCUCUGCUAGACCUGACCGGAGGCUACUUCGGCAGGACAGCCUCGCAAAGCCCGGCUUUCCAGCGCGAAGUGCACGAUUUCCAAGAGAUACUGUCCAAGCUCAACCAGAUGCUGUUGGAUCCCAACGAAUUCCAGACCCUGAGGACCGUGGUUCUGUUCAGGGCAACUAUCAAUCUGGAGGACAAGGCCAGCAGGCCUGAACUGAACAAUCUGUUGGAGAGGCAGAGGAUUCUGCAGCUGCAGGACGAGCACUUGACCAACCUCAACGGGUACAUUUCCGCCACGCACAUGGAGCAGCCCCUGAGGUUCACCAAGCUCAUGCUGAUCCUCCCGCACAUGAAGAAGGUGUCCAACUUCACCAUCGAAGAACUAUUCUUCAGGAAGACCAUAGGAUCCAUUCCUAUAGUCAAUAUUAUUUGUGAUAUGUAUCGGAAUCAGGCGGCCGCAAGAUAGGAGCUUGUUACAGACAUUUCCCGGAUUGAUUUCGAUCAAUCGUGUCUGUGAUCUACCCGAUUGCUAAUGCCAAAUAGACGUCUUCGUGAUUGGUGAGUCUGAACACAUAUGGAUAGCUUUUCGAUCAAUUUU